GUGGGUGGCCAAACUCAUCCUCUUUUACGGUGGCCUGAAAACUCCGUUGUAAGCACCAUGAAGCGCAAUCCAUUAGUGUCAUCCUCAAGGAGGAAGAACCGUAAGCGUCACUUCAACGCCCCGUCCCAUGUGAGGAGAAAGCUGAUGAGCUCACCUCUCUCCAAGGAUCUGAGGUCGAAGUACGAUGUACGCAGCAUCCCCAUCCGCAAGGACGAUGAAGUCCAGGUAACUCGUGGACACUACAAGGGCCAGCAGAUUGGCAAGGUUGUACAGGUUUACAGGAAGAAGUUUGUGAUUUACAUUGAGAGAAUCCAGAGAGAGAAGGCUAAUGGUGCCCAGGUCUAUGUAGGAAUCCACCCCAGCAAGGUUGUUAUCACCAAACUGAAGAUGGACAAGGACCGUAAGCUCAUCCUGGACCGUAAGGCCAAGUCUCGCCAACUCGCCUCAGACAAGGCCAAGGGCAAGCAUACAGAAGAAUCGGUUGCCAUGGCUACGGAAUAGAUCCAACUCGCAAAUCAGACUCUUUGAUAUUUUCUGGAGACACAUCAAUACUCAACCCACAAACAUUUCUUUACUGGAUUGCUUCAUGGAUCGGUCAAGAUCUUGAUACACACUAACUCUUUGGUUGUUGUCUUUGUAUGGUAGGCAAUAAAGUAUGGUCAUCAUCAACACAACAAA